UGUUGGUGAACGGUUUUCAGACGGUGUUCUCCCUGUCUUUCCUCCACCACCAACAUCUCAUCGGGGGACCCGAAGAAACCCUCCGGUACCAUGAGCUGACCCUCCAGGUGGCCUGCUGUUAGCACGGAAUAGGAGCCAGUAUGCGCGUGUGUAUUGGAGGAGGGCCGGUGUGGCGGUGCGUGCGUGUGUGUUGCGGGCGGGCGCGCUGGCGCGUGUGUGUGCCCGCGUGUGUGAGGCGGUUGUGGGCGUACGCCCAGCUGCUGGCGCGGUCCCUCUGCUUCAACACACACACCUCCUGCGACACCGUCAACGACACACUCUUUGAACCUGUCUUCUGGCUUGCAGACCGCCUCACACGCCUCUUUGGGCGGGUGUUUGUGUGCAUGGUGAUAGUGUUGACUAGUUCCAUAGUGUUGAUAGCCUACCUGGUGCUGUUGCCUCUGGUGCUGCGCACCUACGCCCCCGUGUGGAUCGUGUGGCACCUGUGCUUCGGCCACUGGCUCAUCGUCAUGAUCACGUUCCACUACUACAAGGCUACUUGCACUCCCCCUGGGCACCCACCGCAGAGGAAGAGUGAACUUCCAUUUGUGUCGUACUGUAAAAAGUGUGUCACCCCCAAACCAGCCAGGACACACCACUGUGGAAUCUGCAACACGUGCAUUCUGAAGAUGGAUCAUCACUGCCCCUGGUUAAAUAACUGUGUUGGCCACUUCAACCAUCGCUACUUCUUCUCCUUCUGUGUCGUCCUGACGUUGGGCUGCGUGUACUGCUCCAUUAGCGGACGAAAACUCUUCAUAGACGCAUACAACGCUAUGGAGCACUUGAAAGCUUUGGAGGCGGAGCCAGCUGGUGUUCCGGUGAAGGGGGUGGGGCUACUGAUCGGCAUUGUACCUCCUGAGAGUUCGUUCCAGACUCCUGCCCCCACAUUCACUCUGAAGGAUAAACUUGUAAACAAGAGCAUCAUCUACAUGUGGGUCCUGACCAGCACUGUGGCGGUAGCUCUGGGAGGGCUGACGUUGUGGCACGCCAUGUUGAUCUCACGAGGAGAAACCAGCAUCGAGAGACACAUCAACAAGAAGGAGAGGACUCGCCUGGCCAAACGCAACCGGGCCUACAGAAACCCCUUCCACUACGGGUGGCUAAACAACUGGAAACACUUCCUUGGCGUCGAGAAGAGAAGCCAUUGGAUAACGCGCGUCCUACUGCCCUCUGGCCACCCCCCUUUCGGUGACGGCUUCACCUGGGACGUCUAUCCACACAGGAAACACCUGGUACCUGUCUGACCCAUACCACAUACACACACACACACACACUGUGACGGUACGAGUGUGUGAGUGUUUUGAUCCAUCACUAAGGGCUGAUCAGUCUGGAAGCAUAUCAUCACAAUGGUCACACUGCAACAUCUCUCUGAUCGUCACUAUUGGAACUGUGGAGCAUCUCUCUCGUCAUCACUAUGGUGACACUGAAGAGCAUCUCUCUUGUCACUGUGGUGACAUGGUUGAGCAUCUGUUUCCUCGCCACUAUGGGAACUGUAUAGCGUCUCUCUCAUCGCCAUGGUGAGUGACAUUGUGGACAUUGUCUCUCUCAUCACUAUGGUGACAUCGUGGAGCAUCUCUGUCAUCGCUAUGGGGACACUGAAGAACAGCUCUCUCAUCACUGUGGUCACUGUAGAGCGUCCGUCUCAUCGUCACUAUGGGAACUGUAGAGCACCUCUCUCGUCACUAUGGUAACUGUAGAGCAUCUCUCUCUUCACUAUGGGAACUGUAGAGCAUCUCUCUCGUCACAAUGGUAACUGUAGAGCAUCUCUCUCUUCACUAUGGGAACUGUAGAGCAUCUUUCUCAUCACCAUGGUAAAUGUAGAGCAUCCCUCUCAUCGUCACUAUGGGAUCUGUAGAGCAUCUCUGCCAUCGCUAUGGGAACACUGAAGAGCAUCUCUCUCAUCACUGUGGGAACUAUAGAGCAUGUCUCAUCGCCAUGGUAACCGUAGAGCAUCUCUUGUCACUAUGUUGAUACACUGUGAGGCUGGUCAAGUGACCUGCGGAUGCUGCAGUUUACUGGCGCCCCCUAACGGACAGUGAUGGGCACUACAGCACACUUCAGGUUGCAACAGUACACCAGGGACACAUACACACGAAUUUGGCCUGGUUUACUACUUAUCCAGCUUCUUAGUAGGGGUGGACGAUAUGGCAAAUAUGUCAUAUCACGUUUUUUUUUACAUAAAACCUUCAUUCUUAUUUUUUAUUAAGAUCUUCCAUCAAAAAAUAAAGAAAACAACAGAAGAACAAAAGCAGGCAUUUUAUAUACUUGCAAGUUGUAAUUAGCAAUUAAUUGAAUGUGAACACGCUGAUGACACUCAAAGUGCACAAUUGCAACACAAUUAAGUAAAGAAUCAAAGUCAAGACAACAACACUAAGUAAGUAGACAUCACUCUGAUCAUGAUAGUAAACCUCCUCACUAGCCUACAGGUAUAAGAUGAUCUAUACAAUUUCUUCACUUUGGCAGAUUCAAAACGAUCUUGUACUUGUCAUAUCGCCCACCUCUACUUCUUGGUAUACCCCCUGGCCUCCAGGGUACCUAUGGUUUGAGGGGUAUUCCAAGAACCUGGUUCAGUAGUAAACCAUGUUAAGUUAAUCUUGCUGUAGUGGUAAAUCACCUAAAAGCAGAGCCUGCUGUCCUCGUUUUCUUAACUAAAUGACACAUGGAGGCUAACUGUUAGCAGAUUUACCGUACUUUGUAUGUUAAUUUAAACAGGUUCAUUGCUUAUGCACCAUGUUUUUGGAAUACUCCCCUG